AUGGAAGCCCUUGAAACCAGUCGUUUUGGGGCACAAGUCUGGGCAAAGUUACGUGCACUGCAUGGUUGUCCGCCGUUGGAAUUGGAUCGGGAGUUAGCACAGAAGGCCCAAGAACACGCUGAAAGGAUGGCUGUGAAGAACCAGAUGCACCACUGUCUUUCGCCCAACCACGGGGAAAAUCUAUCGAUGCGAGACGGGACCAAACCGACUACAAUCACAGCGUUCACACAAAGUUCCAUGCGCUCAAACGAUUUGGUGAAACAGCUCGACCACGUCAACGAAGGUAACCCUCCGACCAGUUCAAUUAUGGCCGCCAGUGCAGCUACUAGCGAUUCGUAUCGGAUUCCACAUAUCAUGCGCUUGACAUUUGGAAACACAAAGUCUCACACGGAGACAGGCCAACAAGCUACUCUGCGUUGGUACUCCGAGGUCGUUCGGUUUAACUACGGGGAAGAGCAGCAGAGCAUGUCUGGUAAUUUUUCACAGAUCGUUUGGAAAUCAACCACUCACGCUGGUUUCGGCCGGAAGAGUACAAAUGGAGGCUGUAACAUUUUUAUCGCCGGUUACUAUAAACCGAGUGGAAAUGUUACUGGUCGCUUUGCACAGAAUGUUCCGAGACCAAUUAGCGGGACUGACUAUGUUCCCACACAGGAAGAAAUGGGCUGGUAG